AUGCGUAGUCCCCACUCUGCUCGCGUCACGCGCGUGUCAAUCCGCUGUGCAGUCCCUACUCUGCUUCACGUCAUGCGCGUGUCAAUCCGCUGCUCGGUCCCCACUCUGCUCCCGUCACGCGUGUGUCAAUCCGCUGUGCAGUCCCUACUCUGCUUCACGUCAUGCGCGUGUCAAUCCGCUGCUCGGUCCCCACUCUGCUCCCGUCACGCGUGUGUCAAUCCGCUGUGCAGUCCCUACUCUGCUUCACGUCAUGCGCGUGUCAAUCCGCUGCUCGGUCCCCACUCUGCUCCCGUCACGCGUGUGUCAAUCCGCUGUGCAGUCCCUACUCUGCUUCACGUCAUGCGCGUGUCAAUCCGCUGCUCGGUCCCCACUCUGCUCCCGUCACGCGUGUGUCAAUCCGCUGUGCAGUCCCUACUCUGCUUCACGUCAUGCGCGUGUCAAUCCGCUGCUCGGUCCCCACUCUGCUCCCGUCACGCGUGUGUCAAUCCGCUGUGCAGUCCCUACUCUGCUUCACGUCAUGCGCGUGUCAAUCCGCUGCUCGGUCCCCACUCUGCUCCCGUCACGCGUGUGUCAAUCCGCUGUGCAGUCCCUACUCUGCUUCACGUCAUGCGCGUGUCAAUCCGCUGCUCGGUCCCCACUCUGCUCCCGUCACGCGUGUGUCAAUCCGCUGUGCAGUCCCUACUCUGCUUCACGUCAUGCGCGUGUCAAUCCGCUGCUCGGUCCCCACUCUGCUCCCGUCACGCGUGUGUCAAUCCGCUGUGCAGUCCCUACUCUGCUUCACGUCAUGCGCGUGUCAAUCCGCUGCUCGGUCCCCACUCUGCUCCCGUCACGCGUGUGUCAAUCCGCUGUGCAGUCCCUACUCUGCUUCACGUCAUGCGCGUGUCAAUCCGCUGCUCGGUCCCCACUCUGCUCCCGUCACGCGUGUGUCAAUCCGCUGUGCAGUCCCUACUCUGCUUCACGUCAUGCGCGUGUCAAUCCGCUGCUCGGUCCCCACUCUGCUCCCGUCACGCGUGUGUCAAUCCGCUGUGCAGUCCCUACUCUGCUUCACGUCAUGCGCGUGUCAAUCCGCUGCUCGGUCCCCACUCUGCUCCCGUCACGCGUGUGUCAAUCCGCUGUGCAGUCCCUACUCUGCUUCACGUCAUGCGCGUGUCAAUCCGCUGCUCGGUCCCCACUCUGCUCCCGUCACGCGUGUGUCAAUCCGCUGUGCAGUCCCUACUCUGCUUCACGUCAUGCGCGUGUCAAUCCGCUGCUCGGUCCCCACUCUGCUCCCGUCACGCGUGUGUCAAUCCGCUGUGCAGUCCCUACUCUGCUUCACGUCAUGCGCGUGUCAAUCCGCUGCUCGGUCCCCACUCUGCUCCCGUCACGCGUGUGUCAAUCCGCUGUGCAGUCCCUACUCUGCUUCACGUCAUGCGCGUGUCAAUCCGCUGCUCGGUCCCCACUCUGCUCCCGUCACGCGUGUGUCAAUCCGCUGUGCAGUCCCUACUCUGCUUCACGUCAUGCGCGUGUCAAUCCGCUGCUCGGUCCCCACUCUGCUCACGUCACGAGCGUGUCAGUCCGCUGUGCAGUCCCCACUCUGCUCGCGUCACACGCGUGUCAAUCUAUCUGGUUCUAGAGUAG